AUGACGUCCUCUGUGGUUGAUGCGUUGAAUGUUGAAACUACUGAGAGCUUGGGAUUCAAGUUUUUAUUCUCUAAACAAAUUGUUCCAGGCUUCAAUGAGGAUUUGCCAUUCUCAAAACUGGCUAAUGCUUCCAUACAUCCGUUGAAAAAAUUACUAGCUGUUGCUUCUUCCAAGACUGUGUCUGUAUAUGAUCUGCAAUCUGUCCGUGAUGAGUCCUUCAUCACUCUAAAUACGAAAGAGUUCACGGCGAAAGUAGUGGGCGUUUUUUUUGUGGCAGAGAGUUUGGCUACGGUCCUAGAAGAUGGUUCAGUAUGGGUUACCGAAUUGGACCAAUUCGCCUGGGAACAAUACUGGGACGGUAAUGGUGUCAAUGAAGUCAUUUGUUCUGUAAUUUUCCAAGGGAAUGUACUUCUUGCGAGUAACGCUAAUGUCGUGUUUAAAAUAUCCUUAUCGCAAAAGCAUUCUUCCGAACAGUUACAUUCAAUCACAGGUUGCAUCGCAAUUGACACUUUGAAACAUCAACUUUAUGUUUUACACAAAAAUGGUUCUAUAGCUGUACUGGAUGAACAGUUUAACGUCACAUCCUCUAUUGAAAAGCCAUCUCUCGAUGAACCUAACGAACCGUUGUCCAUAAACGCUUUGUCAGAAAGCAGUUUACUCGUAUCGUACGGCGAACCGGUCGAUGCCUCGGAAGAAGAUAUCAUGUACGAUUUAACCGUAUAUUUUGUCAAUGUCAAUACUAAAUCUUUUACUCCUUCCAUGGAUAUCGCGCCUCCCUAUUCAACAGUCAAAAGAAAUCCUUCAUACUACUCUCAAACAUUGUAUCAACUCGCUCAGCAGCUACCACAUCUAUUCGUUAUAGGAUCAUCGUGUGCAUCAGAGCUAUCGAUUGCCACACCGAACGUGAUGUAUAAACCGGACCAAGAUGCUGCUUGUGCAAUUCUUCCAAUCAACCCUGAAACAGAUAAUGAUACACAACCCAUUGGGAUGGCCCUAGAUGUAUUUUCCAGUGGUACUGUGUAUGAGCCUUGUUCCGGAGUAGAGGCUGCUGACAAUCUACCGAUAUUAUAUGUCCUCACCAAUCUUGGGGAACUAUUUUGUUGGGCUUUAUUCCAUCACUCUGCUUUACAAAACUCGAGUUUCACGCUAGAACCAACCAAAACUCAGUAUGUACAGUCUUUCGAAAUCUUAUCUCAUAAAAUAGAAAGUGGUUCUUCUUCAAUGGAAAAGGAAAAAGUUACUUUAAUUUCUCCCCAAGACACUAAGAACACAAUAACUGAAGUAAGAAAGGUUCCUGAACAAUCGUCAUUUUUUGAAACUACAAAUUCCUUCGCUAAAGGUUUUUCGUUCACUCCGAAGAACAUGACGGAUAGUACAAAUGCUGAGUCUGAGGGCUCUCAAAAUCCUUUGCUGUCAUCUGGUUCAUCUCCUGCAUUUGGAAAACCUGCCUUUGGCCAAGCAACAUUUGGCCAAGUAACAUCUAGCCAAGCAACACCUGGCCAAUCAGCAUUCGGUCAACCAGCAUUCGGUCUACCAACUUUCGGCAAACCUGUAUCUAGUCAACCAACGUCUGGACAAUCAGCAUUCGGUCAACCAGCAUUCGGGGAGCCAGCGUUUGGGAAACCGGCAUCUAGUCAACCAACAUCUGGACAAUCAGCAGUCGGUCAACCAGCAUUCGGUCAACCAGCAUUCGGGGAGCCAGCGUUUGGGAAACCGGCAUCUAGUCAACCAACAUCUGGACAAUCAGCAUUCGGCCAAGCAGCAUUCGGUCCACCAACUUUCGGUAAACCUGCAUCUAGUCAACCAACGUCUGGACAACCAGCAUUCGGACAACCAGCAUUCGGCCAACCUGUAUCUGACCAAUCGGCGCCCAGUAAACCAGCGUUUGGCAAACCAACAUUUGGAAGUACAUCAUUUGGUACCCAAUCUCAAACUAAUACCACUUCACCCUUGUCCGAAGAGGCAGAGACGUCAUCUGUCUUUGGAACGCCAAGUUUUGGCUCCACAUCUUUCGGAAUACAAGGAGCUAAUGUUACCUCUCCAUUCGGAACCAACACAAAAAUUUCAUCAGAGUCGUCUUUUGGAAAAUCGCUCUUUGGAACUUCUCAGUUUGGCAGCGACAGCGCUGUUACCAACCCUGCACCGAAUUCAUUCGCUACAUCUGCGAAAUUGUCUUCACCAUUUUCUGCCUUUGCUACAGACCAAAAGACCAUAAAUCCAUUCGAAACUCAGACUUCUGAUCCAUUCGGCCACUUGAAUUCUAAAAAAGAAGACACUAAGUCGUUCAACUUUACUGGUUUCGGUGAAUCUAUAUCAGAAGCUAACCACAGUUUGCCAUCCGUCACUCAAGAUUCUUUGAAUUCGAAAGAAGUCAGCGAUUCGACGAUCGAAAACGAUCAAUCUGAAGUGCCUAGUCCAGCUAAUGAUUCGAGCAUUUCAGAAGAUCAAGACGAUAUCGAAUCUAACAUUGUAUCCUCUACCGAUGAAAGUGAUUCCUUAUACGGAGAGGACAGGGAAAUAUAUGAUAAUGAUAGAUCUGAUAUACACAUCGAAGCCUCUUCAAAACCUUCUUCAACUGUUUUGAACUCAAACAGUGACAUAGAAGAGGAUGAAGCUGAGCAAAGCAACGAAGAACAAGCAAAAGUGGAGACCAAAGAUGGGCAAGAAGAAGAAGAAGAAGAAGAAGAAGAAGAAGAAGAAGAAGAAGAAGAAGAAGAAGAAGAAGAAGAAGAAGAAGAAGAAGGAGAAGAAGAAGAAGAAAAGGAGGAGGGAGAGGAAGAGGAGAAGGAGCAGCAAGCGCAAGAUGAAGAACAAGUGAAAGAUGAUACUAAAGAUGUAUCAAAGGAGAAAAAGCAAGAAGAAGACAAAGGAAAUGAUAAGCAGGUCAAAGGUGAUCUGCUCACUGAAGGAUCUUUCCCAUCGGCGGAGAGCACAACCCCUGUUGCUGCGUCUUACGUUACUGAGGAAGAUGACACCAGAUCGUCUGUUGCUUCUUUUACCGAUAGGAUAAAGAAAGCGGCUAACCUCUCAACGGAGAAUAUUGCCAAUCCAUUCAUGAAAUCCACAGCAGUUGAAAACAAAGAUUCCUCACCUUUUUCGGGCUUCACAAAUUCCUUAUCCAAAGAUACAGGAAAGGCUCCCGCAUUUUCCUUUGCCAAUCUCAAGAAGGAUGGUUCUGAAAUUACCUCACCACUGUCUAAUGUCAAUUCUAUUAGCAACGAAAGUGUUAUGAGAGAGCCAGAACCAGAAUUAAAACAGAAAACUGGUGAUGAGCCGGACCCCGAAGUGGCAACUCCCUCUACUAACCUCGCAAGUUCAGAACAGAAAAAGGAAGCACUUUCAAAGGAUCAAGAAAUUGUACCAUCUUCAACUGUCAGUCCAGAAUCUGGUAGCGUCUCUUCUUCACCAGUUGUGGUAGAUUAUCCUCCAGUCAAAAUGAGUAAAUCAUCCGGUACUACUACAAAAGAAUAUGUUUCACAGCAUGUGCAAGCGAGUGUACCUGUAGGAAGCGCUUCCACUCAAAGUCUUACUAAAGAAAGUGCAGACUUUACUUUACAAGCCUUUGAAAAUGAUGAGCAAUAUAUAGCUGAAAGGUAUCUUCCUGAAAUGCCUAGUGCUUUCUAUUCCACUGCUGAACUUAAAGAAUUCAGUACAAUAUCUUCCGAUGAAGUUGUACAGGCCGUUGAAAAAACAAAUGCUCAAGUUUUAGCAAACAUUCAAGUGUUACGCUCAAAUAUCGACAACAUUGGGAAGUUUAUAGGUGACCAUUCCCAAAAUUUAUUCAAACGUACUGAGAAAACUGUCCCAAUUGUCUCCUCCUGGAGACUUGGUGAGGCGGCCACUCUUUUGGAUAUCCUUACUUCCAAGGCUAAACAAAGCUACGAAUUGAAACAGUCUUACCAAAGGUUAGCAGAUAGUUCUUCUGCGGUAACUAAUUUCGACAUGCUAAUCACGACACUAAAACGCCAAUAUGACAUUCUUGAACUCUCCAACAGGACAUCUAAUCAUUCCAACAGGAAACUUUCUUGGAGUCAGCAUCAUAUCUCAACUAUGGUAAAGAGGAAACUUGAAGAAGUCUCCUCGAAACUGGAUGAAAUUAGAGAAUCCAUUCAAGUACUAAAGCUUUACAAUCUUACAAAUACCAAGGAAGCACUGCAUGCUGUGCAGCAAUUGUCAUUAAACGGAGGCAUUGGCAGAGAAAACUUGUUAACAGAGAUUCAGUCGUUAAGAGAAGAAAUUUCUGUGUUAAAAUUGUCGGCAGAAAAACCAAACCAACUAGAACCUGAGAAUCUAUUAAUUAACACAGCUUCUACAUCGUUGCCCCUUCUCGAAACUACUUUGGAGUUAUAUACAAGGGCUCAAUUAGGAGAUUUUUUCUCAUCUAAACUGUCUACGUAA